UCGUUUCGUGUAGUGAGGUGCGAGCUGCUGUUUUAGAGAAAAACAUUGUAUCGCAAUGGUAUUCACUAAGCCAAAAUAGCAUUAUUUUAUUGAAGUGCUCAAAUAUGUAUCGUUGUAGUGUUUUAUUCUGUUAUAGUUUAUGUGAAGUGUAGUGUUCAACAUGUUUCGAUGUAUACCUUUGUUCAAAUGUAAUCGCCAAGUGGAAAGUGUAGACAAGCGGCACUGUUCGUUGCCAACAGUACCUGAAGACAUUUUGCGGUAUUCUAGGAGCUUGGAAGAACUAUUACUGGAUGCUAAUCAUAUAAGAGAUUUACCUAAGAAUUUCUUCAGAUUACAUCGAUUAAGGCGACUUGGUCUCAGUGAUAAUGAGAUACACAAACUGCCAGCUGAUAUCCAGAAUUUUGAAAAUUUAGUAGAAUUGGAUGUAUCACGCAAUGACAUUCCGGAUAUACCUGAGGACAUCAAGAAGCUGCGUGCCCUCCAGAUCGCGGACUUCAGCAGCAAUCCUAUACCAAGGCUGCCGGCCGGCUUCAGUCAACUUCGGGCCCUUACGGUCCUCGGCCUCAAUGAUAUGUCUCUUACUAGUUUACCCAACGAUUUCGGCAGUUUAGUGUCACUUCAAUCUUUGGAAUUGCGAGAAAACCUACUUAAGUCACUGCCAGAGUCCUUGAAGAAUUUGACCAAUCUCCAGAGACUAGAUUUAGGUGAUAAUGAAAUUGAGGAAUUGCCAGGGUUUAUUGGAGAGCUUCCUGCUUUAGAAGAACUUUGGUUGGACCAUAACAAGUUGCAGUAUUUGCCGCCUGAGAUCGGCAAUCUCAAAGCACUGAUCUGCUUAGAUGUUAGUGAGAACAAAUUAGAGAAGAUACCAGAAGAGAUUGGCGGACUUUCAUCAUUAACCGACUUGCACCUCUCCCAAAAUAUGUUAGAAUCCAUACCCGAUGGUAUAGGUCAUUUAUACAAGUUAACUAUACUGAAGUUGGACCAAAAUAGAUUACAUACGUUAAACGAAAACGUUGGAAGGUGUACAAAUCUACAAGAGCUUAUAUUAACGGAGAAUUUUUUAACGGAAUUGCCUGACUCUAUUGGAAAUCUCAAUAAGUUGACCGUUUUGAAUGUAGAUAGAAAUUCGUUAGCCGAAAUUCCGAUGGAUAUCGGUAAUAUGACGCUGUUAGGGGUCCUAAGUUUAAGAGAUAAUAAAUUGACGAAACUGCCGAACGAAUUAGGGAACUGUACGUCACUUCACGUUUUGGACGUAAGCGGAAAUCGGUUGCAAUACCUUCCGUACACGCUGGUAAAUUUGGAACUAAAAGCGGUGUGGUUGUCCGAAAACCAAGCGCAACCACUCUUGACUUUCCAAACGGACAGAGACGAAAGCACCGGGGAGAACGUCCUUACUUGUUUCCUCUUACCGCAGCUCAGUUACACUCAACAACCAGAGCUGGAACACACAUCAGAAGUCGGCAGUGGACAGUGGUACAGGGAUCACAAAUAUAUAUCACGGUCGGGGGAGAUUGAUAAUAUCAAAGAUACAAGCGUUUCCCGUGAUCGUGAUUCGGACAACGAAGAUUGGGAGGAGAAGGAGGCGUCGCGCACUCAUUCCGUUAAGUUCACGGAAGACGUUUCCGACGUUCGAGAGGUCCCAUCGAUUCAGGAGGACAGUGACGAGGUGACACUUUCUGAGUCUUCCUUCGCGCCACAGUCGAUGUUGUCGUUCCGUCGACCGAUUAAUGUAGUUCGCAAGCUAGUUACAACACAACGGAGGAGUUCACUGCAACGGCUCUCCUCCUCUAUAACUAACCUCGCGGAGACACCGUUCGUAAGACAGAACACGCCUCAUCCGAAAGACUUGAAAGCGAAAGCUCACAAGCUUUUGGCUGGACGAUCACCGGACAAUGCGAUCACGCAACCAACGAAGACCGAAUCGCCCACUACAAACGGAUUACCUUUGUCCCCUAUAAAAAUUGUUCCAGUCGUAGAAGAGAAAGUAGAGGACGAGGUACAGAAAAUCGAAGAGAUCCCGGAAAUAAUUAAAGACGACGACAGCGACACUAUAACCGCAGUGGAUCGGGAUUCCUCUGAAACUGAAAAUGAUGAAAACGAAGAUUCGGACGAACUUGAGCGGGGCGAGAAGCGCGUGGUGUGGCGCAGCUCGGUGGAGGAGCGCGGUGCGGGGUGCGCGGGGGGCCGCCUUCACCGCCGCGACACGCCUCACCACCUCAAGAACAAACGCGUCAACAUGAUGGACGCGGGACGGGCGCGCGACCUCAUAGCGCAGGCGAUCAAGAAACAAGAACUAAACGAUGAACGCAAACCCGACGAAGAAGCCACAGAGGACAUUCCAGACGGCGAGUCUGUGUCGGAACGUGCAGAGAGCGAAGCUCGUUUAGUUGGCGAACAGCGAUGCAUCGAGGUGCGGAUAAAUCGCACAGCCGGCGGGCUCGGCCUUAGUAUAGCUGGCGGACGCGGUUCCACUCCUUACAUCGGUAAUGAUGAGGGAAUAUUCAUAUCGAGGGUCACGAACAACGGGCCAGCCUAUUUGGCUGGGCUAAGAGUCGGAGACAAGGUGCUCUCGGUGAACGGUACAUCUGUUGUAGACGUCGAUCAUUAUUAUGCGGUGGAAGUGCUUAAAGCGAGCGGUCCCACGCUCACACUGGUCGUGACCAGGGAUUCGCCCAAUUCAACCAGGACCCACAGUCGUGCCCCCAGUGGAGCUAGUCAUCAUUCUGUGUCCAGUACAACAGAUACGGUUUCUACUUUGGAAAAUGGACAGGUGCCAACAAAUCGGAGCUUACAGACGAAAUCGCUCAUCAUCGGCAACCAAUAUGCUCAGGAAUACGAACAAGAGUUCAAGGAGCAAGUACUCAAUCAGUCUACGCCGAUCAUCGCGACUCCCGUUGCGAGUCACAGCCCCUCGCCUCCCCAAAUGAGAACUGAGACUUACCAACGAUUGCAAGCAUCGCCACCUCCUGCAACAACUCCUUAUAUACCCCCAGUUUACCAACAAAAGGUGUUAGUUCACACGACGUUGAUCCGCGACGGCGCCGGCCUCGGGUUCAGCAUCGCCGGCGGGAAGGGCUCGCCGCCGUACCGCGAGGACAGCGACGCCAUCUACAUCUCGAGGAUAUCCCCGCAGGGCGCCGCCGCUAAGGACGGGAAGAUGCAAGUCGGCGACAAAGUUGUUUCGAUCAACGGUGUCGAUAUGGAGAAGGCGGCUCACGAAACGGCCGUUUCGCUUCUUACGGGACACGAGAGGUUUGUCAGGCUCGUCCUGCAGCGCACCAUCACUACCGAACAAGGCGACCAGCCCCAACGCAAGUCGACAACAGAUGAAGUGAGAGACCACAAGACGAGUCUACAGAAUUUGAAUACAACACCCACACCGAAACUCACGAACGAUCACGUCGCACCCCUCACACAGUCCGCCCCGCGCCCCGCACCGCAACCCCUCGUACAUCCGCACCCGCCCCAGCACGCGCCGGCACACGCGCCCGCACAGCCGCAGACCGCCACCCCGCUCGUGUACGCUCAAGCACCGACGCACGCCCAGCGAUUAUCUUUCGCACCCUCCAACACCCUUCCACCACAGCCGGCACCGAGAAAAUUGAGUCAAACAAACGGACAGGCGCCUACCACGAAACCCAGCACUAACAGUACGAACGCCCCCCUCACCGCCGGCGCCCCGCAGGCUUCCACCGACGACGUAUUCGAAGACAUACAGCCAUCGCGACCGAUAACGAACGAGGAGUUCCAAGCGAUGAUUCCCGCUCACUUCCUGGGCGGGCCCCGCGCCCGGCCGGCUCACGAGGGUCCGCCCGAGCGCGGCGUGCGCGUCACGGUAGAGCGCGCACCCACCGGCGUGGUGCUGCCUCCGCCGCCGGACGCGCUCGGCCGCGUCACGGAGACCAUCACCAAGUCGACCUUCACCGAGACCACCGUCACACGGGUCACGGACAACCACUUCGUUGCGCCCCUCAUCAUAGAAGAUGUCACUCUCUUGAAGGAAGGCGGAUCCCUUGGUUUCAGUAUCAUCGGCGGCACCGAUCAUUCGUGUGUACCGUUCGGAGGAAAGGAACCAGGGAUUUUUAUCUCACACGUCGUGCCGGGAGGAGUCGCGGCGCGCUCAGGCAAGCUCCGCAUGGGUGAUCGUUUGCUGAAAGUGAACGGAAACGACUUGGCCGGAGUCACGCACCGCGACGCUGUACAGCUUCUGCUGCAGCCCGGCGCCACGCUGUCGCUCACCGUUCGUCACGACCCACUACCUAUCGGAUACCAGGAAUUAACGAUCAUAAAACAAGAAGGCGAGAAACUCGGUAUGCAUAUCAAGGGUGGCCUUAAAGGACAGCGUGGCAACCCUAACGAUCCCAACGAUGAGGGAGUUUUCAUAUCAAAAGUCAACAGCGGCGGAGCGGCCAGAAGGGAUGGCAGGCUCAAGGUCGGCAUGCGUCUGUUAGAAGUCAACGGUAUUUCGCUACUGGGAGCGACCCACGCGGAGGCCGUCAACGCGUUGCGUUCGGCCACGCUCGCGCCGCUCCAUCUGGUUGUCUGCCAAGGAUACACCAGACCGGAGAAGUAUACGACCGGUAGCGAAAGCGGGACGACUGAAACCGGCGGCUCUCUGUCUCACUCAACGUCAAGCCUGGAUAGGGACGAACCGUUGCACAGCCAACAACCGGAGCAGCAUUAUCAACAGGAUCUAGUUGAGUUUGAACACGAGAAGCAAGUCGCCGAAAUGGGAGGGAAAUCUACACCCGAAAAGGUGUUAGAUAUAGUUCACGCCGUCGAGAGUAUGGCGAUGGAGCCCGUUCCGUCUCAUUCGCCGGAACCGCAGCACAAGACGACCACGGUGGUCAUGUCCAAACACACCCUCCAACCUCAGACGUCUAGUUCGCAAGCGGCGCCUUCGUCUCCGUUACCCGUGUCGAUACAACAGAAGGUGCGCAGCCCCGCGACCCCGACCUCGCCGCUAGAGCCCGCCCUCCAGCGUCCGCUACAGCCGCCGCCGCCUCCCCCGGUCAAACAGAAACCUCAAGUUCCCCGAAAACCGCAAACGAAGCGAGUUAGUUUCAUCUCGGACCCUCGAGAAGAUUCGAUGAACAACAACUCAUUCCAUUUAGAAUCGCAUGCAGAGCAUGAUACGGAUCGAACGGAGACCGCUACCGACCUUAACGAUGCAUGCGAGGGAGUCGGCUCCUUACUAAUCCGAAAUAAAUCACUAAAAACAGAUACGAAGGUAUCGAAACCCGUGUCGAGAGCGAGUUUAAUACUCCCCGAUGACCUCAUAAUACCGCCUCCGCCGCUGUUCGACAGCUACGUAAGUGACGCUUCGCCAAAUACGUUCCGACAAACAGAAUCUACUGACCCAGGCCCUCCACUCCUAACCAUUGUCCCAGAACGCUUAGUCUUACCAGGGCCCGUUGUGGCUGAAACAUCCAUGCAGUCUUCGAACUCUUCAGCCUCUUCUGUAAUAGAAGGUCCUCCCCCGAUCAAUUACGGUGCGUUUCCCAAAGUAAUAGAAACCUCUACUAUUGCUGAAGUACCGACUCGAUCAUCAAUCGUUUCGGAAGUGCCCGCGUAUCAAGUUUUUCGAACGAAAGAACUGGCACGUGCGGACAGCGAUAAUGUGUUUCAUAAAGAAUUAUCUGUCAGUUCGACUGGAGAGCCUGACCCCCCUGCACUAUUACAAGCUCGAUAUAAAACAUUACCAUCCGUAUCACACGUUCCGAAUUCUCCUUGUAGUUUGCAUCCAGACAAAACGUACUUUGAUGAUGACACAGAACAACCCUUACAUCAAUCCUUAAGAGAUCUUAGAUGUCAAAACUUUUCACCAGUAAUGGCACAUUCGAACACAUACCCCGCUAUCAACCCAUACCCUUCUUUGACCACAGUUGCUGGAACUUACAACCCCUACACAUCUCCUGUACCGGUAGGUACUCCCCACCGGACCAGUUCUUAUAGACCCGCUAUUAGUCGUGACGUGAGUCCGUUAAGCACGGAUAUCAAUGCGAAUGUGACUCGAACUAUGUCCGCUAGCAGUGACGGAUCUAAAAGUGUACAGUCAGAGAGAAGAGUCCGAUUUGACGAAGUAACGACGGCAACGGAAUACGAUAGAUUGUCGAACAGCUCAGAGUCUUUGAGGGAAGGGGUCUCCUCGCCCGCGACCGCCCUGAAACCCGCAUGGAGCAGCAAAAUCAAAGCCUUUGCCAUCGGCGAGGCUUCCCCACCUCAUUCUGGUAAUUUUGUGAAAGCAUCUGUUAGUGAUAAGAAGAGGUUCUUUGAGAACGCCAUGGAAGAGAGCCACAAACCGUCACCUAAACCAGAGAGAGUAUUCACAUUCCUCUCAGCAGAUGAGGUGGAGAAAUUGAAGCAAGAAGAGGAAAGGAAGAUGGCUUCGUUAUCUCGGAGUGAGCUCGGCUCCUGGUCCCCCGGGGAGGACCGGCACAGCGGAUACAGUAGCCACUCCGACGAUGAACUAUAUGAGAACGGACAUGCUAGAUCAGGCGGCGUGAGUCCCUCCGCGAAGUCUCAGCGGCGUCGCGAGGCCCGGCCGGGAGCCGCGCCCGAGGACAGCGCCGCCCGCGCCGCCCGGCGUGCGGCCUGGCGCGCGGCGCGACUUCGCUCGCUCGAACAGGAGGCUCUUGAAUCACAGAAAGUCAUAAAGAGCAUGGUGGGUCCCGCGACUGAAAUUAUCGGUGAGAUCCCGCCGAGAGACAAAUCCCCGACAGAGAACUGGCCCCUGCCACGUAUCGCGUUACGAACUAAACCGGGCCCUAUACUGGCCGUCAAGGAGAAGGAAAAAUUGUUAGACGAGCGCAUAACCCUACGCACCGAGGAAUACGUGUGCCCGGCGACCGGCGAGACUAAAGUGCACACCGUCGAGUACAUUGAGAAAGUCAUUGAGAAAGAGGUGGAAACUACGCAAGAGAAGAUAAUAUCUUUGGAACUGACAACGAGUCCUGUAAGCGAGACGGCUCCGUGCGGGCUGGGGGAGGGCGACUGCAGCCUUGGGGCGGAGGAGGGCUCGCUGCAACCGGACAUCGUGCAGGUCGUUAACCCGCUGUUAGACGGGGGCGCCGGCCGCGUCACCGCCAUUCCCGUCGGGCCCGACGUCCGCCUCACUUACACGGACGCCGCGCAGUGAGACGACCGCCGCUGUGUACUCGGCGUGAGCUUUUUAACGUUCUCAAUAGCGUAAACGUUAUCUCAAAUUGUGGAGAGUAUUAAGCGAUAGGCAGCGGCUUGUCUCUGCCCCUGGCAUUGCUGA